AUGGACCGGUACGGUCGGGCACCGCAAGGAGGGUCGCCGUCCGAUCCGUCGCAGGAAUGGACGGGGCCGGUGGCCGAAACCGGGCUGGAAGAGCCUUUGUGGCAGUUGGGAUUGGGGGGCGGUGGCGAGGCGUACCCGGAGCGGCCCGACGAGGCCGACUGCAUCUACUAUCUGAAGACGGGCUUUUGUGGGUAUGGUGCGCGGUGUCGGUUCAAUCAUCCCCGUGAUCGUGGUGGGGUGGGAGGAACUGUUAGACCUGGUGGAGGGGAGUUCCCAGAGCGAGUGGGCCAACCAGUAUGCCAGUUUUAUAUGAAGACAGGGACCUGUAAAUUUGGUGCUUCUUGCAAGUAUCACCAUCCAAGACAGGGAGGAGGAACUGUUAGCCCUGUGACACUAAACUAUUUUGGAUAUCCAUUGCGUCCGGGUGAAAAAGAGUGCUCCUACUAUGUGAAGACAGGACUUUGCAAGUUUGGUGAAACAUGUAAAUUCCAUCAUCCACAGCCAGAUAGCAUACAACUGUCAACUCCAGGACCUGCAGCUCUGCCUGCACCUGUACCAGCACACACUUUAUAUCCGGUGCAGUCUCCAUCAGUUCCUUCAUCUCAACAAUAUGGGCUAGUAGUCGCAAGGCCUCCACUGUUACCAAGUUCAUAUAUCCAUGGGCCUUACAGUCCUGUGUUGAUUCCCCCAGGAAUGGUUCCUUUUCGGUGGAGUCAUUACCCGGCACCUGUCAGUCCAGUAGCCUCUCCAAGUACUCAACCUACUGUUGGAUCAGGCCAGAUGUAUGGGUUAACACCAUUAUCUCCUUCAGCGCCUGCCUAUACAGGACCUUAUACACCCUUACCUUCUUCUGUUGGUCCUUCAAGCAGUAGCCAGAAGGAGCAGAUAUUUCCAGAAAGACCUGGCCAACCUGAAUGUCAAUAUUACAUGAGAACAGGGGAUUGCAAAUUUGGAUCCUCAUGUAAAUAUCACCAUCCACCAGAAUGGGAUACACCAAAAACAAAUUGUGUCCUUAGUCCGAUGGGUCUUCCUCUCCGUCCAGGUGCACCCCAAUGCACUCACUAUGCACAACGUGGAAUAUGCAAGUUUGGGCCCACAUGCAAAUUUGAUCACCCAAUGGGAACACUGAGUUAUAGUCCAUCUGCAUCAUCUCUGGCUGAUAUGCCAGUUGCUCCCUACCCUGUGGGAUCUUCUAUGGGUACACUUGCACCAUCGUCUUCAUCUUCGGAUUUGAGGCCAGAACUUAUUUCAGGAUCUAGCAAGGAAUCUCUUUCAACCAGAAUGUCAUCUUCUAUGAGUACAUCUAGUGGUUCAGUUGGUUCAAUUUUUUCAAAGAGUGGGCCUGGUCAUUCUAGUACCCAACAGCCUGUUCAGAGUUCUGGUCCUUCAACUGGCAGCAGUAGUUCGGAAGCUCAUACUGCAAGCUAAGCAAAAAUUUCAAGCAAUUCCUCAUUAUCCCUCUUUUUGGUCAAUUUUCAUGAAACGUUAUAUUUUUAUGCAAGUCCUCAAAUAGGAGGCUCCAUUUCUCAA